AUGUCUUACGGAGGCGUGCUCUCCCAGCACCAGUACGCACAGUACGCCGCGCCCAGUGCGAUGCCGGCCUACGCGGGCGCCGCGGCGGCGCACUCGACCACCGCCGCGGCGUACGCGGCCUACACGACGGCCGCCGCGGGCGGCUCCUACGCCCCGCCGGCCCAGGCGGCGUACCCGGCGGCGGGCGGCGGCUCCUACACCGCCGCUCCCGCGGUGGGAGCCGCUGGCGCGUACUCGACGACCGCGGCGCAGGCGGUGUACCCCGCGAGCGGCGGCUCGUACACCGCUGCGCCCCCGGCGCACCCCGCGAGCGGCGGUUCAUAUACCGCAGCGCCCCCGGCGGCCUACUCGGCGCAGGCGCCCGGGCACUCCUUCACGGCUGCGCCCGCGUACUCGCAGGCGGCGCACCCCGGGGCGUACCCCACGGCCCCGUACGCGGCGCACACGACGGCGCCCACGCCGUACGCGGCCCACACCACGGCGACGGCGUACGCCGCGCCGCAGCAGCCGGCCGCGUACACCGUGCCGCAGGGGUACACGCAGCCGACUACGUACGCCAUCCCUCAGGAUGCCUCGCAGCAGCUCCAGACCGCGGCGUCCAUGGUCGC